AUGAUACCAGAUAUUUUUUGUUUCAUUCUUGUUCUUCUUUUGGUUUUCAUAUCUUUCGACAGCCAAAUUGUGCUGAAAGCGUUUUUUGCUUCUUACUUCUUUCUUCUCUCUUGUUCAAACUGGUCAACUAUGUAUCUGUGGGUCCAUAUAUCUUGCGGGCGUUUUUUUCUUUUUCUUUUUGUUCGGGCAUGA